GCGCAAUGAACCGCACGCUCUCUCUCAUCUCUUCCCGUCAUGCAGCGCUCUCGCCUGCUCCUCCGUCGAGCCGCCAUGUUGUCGGAGUGAAAGCCUGGGGUGUCAGAGAGAAACUGGGGCCGAAAUCCGCUACCAUCCACCCUCUCCGCCGGCUGUGGUGGAAUGAGCAGUGUGUGUGUGUUGAAGAGGAAAGCAGUGCUCUGGCAGGAUUCAUUCAGCCCCCACCAUAGAACUACAUCUCCCAGCAUGCCCGUGGUGCUGAGCAGCGGAGGACAUGCCCCUCCAACUGGGCAGACCCCUCAAGCCACACCCCCCAGCCAACAGGGUGUGGCGGGUGCUGGACGUUCCCAGGAUGAUGCCAUGGUAGACUAUUUCUUCCAGCGGCAGCACGGUGAACAGCCUGGCAAACAUCGCUGGCCCACUGGAGACAACAUCCAUGACAGCCAGGUACGAUCCAUGGACGAGUUGAACCAUGACUUUCAGGCUCUGGCUUUGGAGGGGCGCGCCAUGGGAGAGCAGCUGCUAACUGGUAAAAAGUUCUGGGAGACGGAUGACUCUGGGAAGGAUGGACCAAAAGGGAUCUUCCUGGACCAGUGGAGGGACAGUGCGUGGGGUGCCUCAGAUCACUCAGUCUCUCAGCCAAUAAUGGUAACCCGUCGGCCAGGGCAGGGUUUCCAUGGCGGAGGCGAAGUUGGUGUGGGCUCGGUGAUGUCACCGCGGUCAGAGAGUGGAGGGUUGGGAGUUAGCAUGGUGGAGUACGUCCUCUCCUCCUCCCCAGCUGACAAACUGGAUUCCUGCCUUCGGAAAGGACCCUAUGGGCAGAGGGAUGGAGAGGUGGAGGAAGAGAAGAGGGAGAAGCCAAAGGCAACGUUUGAGGCAGAGAAACUUAAAGAGUUGACGGAAGCUGAAGCUGAUGUCAUCAGUGAUGUUAUCAACCCCAAUGGGCUGCCUGUGCAGAAUGGCCUUGAUGUGGAUGUCAAAGAGUUUGGUCGUCCCCCGGGCAACAUGCCGGUCCCUGGCCCAGAGGGUGACCUGCUUGGGGGUCCAGGCGGUGUAGGGGCUGAGGGCAUGACAACCUUAGGAGGUGGUGGAGGCCCCAAACCCCCCGAGGACUUCUCUGGUGUAGAACAGGGUGGCGUCACCAUGGACCCCAUGGAGUCAGUGAUGGAGCCGCUUCAGUUUGACUACAACUCCCAGAUGCCCAUGGACUCUGCGCCCACUGUGGGUCUAUUUGAUUACACUAACCAGCAGCAGCUGUUUCAGAGAAACAAUGCACUUGCAGUGCAGCAGUUAACAGCAGCCCAGCAGCAGCAGUACGCCCUGGCAGCAGCACAGCAGCCUCACAUUGGUCUGGCCCCAGCGUUUGUGCCCAAUCCUUACAUCAUCAGUGCUGCUCCACCUGGGACAGACCCAUACGCAGCUGGACUAGCAGCAGCGGCCACGCUUGGUCCGGCAGUGAUGCCUCCCCAGUACUAUGGUGUGACCCCCUGGGGGGUCUACCCUGCCAACCUUUUCCAGCAGCAAGCUGCUGCAGCUAACAACUCGGCCAAUCAGCAGGCAGCAGGCCAGGGCCAGCAGAACCAACAGCAGGUUAUGCGUGCUGGGGGCAACCAGCGACCUCUGACCCCCAGCCAAGGUCAGCAGGGUCAGCAGAAUGACCAGCUGGUUGCAGCAGCGGCCGUCAACUCGGCCCUCGCCUUUGGGCAGGGGUUAGCGGCAGGAGUCCCUGGGUAUCCAGUAUUGGCCCCUGCAGCGUACUAUGAUCAGACAGGGGCCCUGGUGGUCAACACUGGAGCGAGGAGUGGCCCUGUCCGCCUGAUGGCCCCUGCCUCUGUCAUCAUAUCUCCCUCCGCAGCACAAGCAGUUGCAGCCGCAGCAGCAUCCGCAGGUGGUGCCAAUGGGGGUCUCGGCGGUGGGGCCAACGGUCCAUUCCGUGCCAUGCAGUCCCAGCAGCCUCAGCAGCAGGGUGGCCCCGGUGGUGCUCUAGGAGGGAGCUCCUUCUACGGAUCCUCCUCCCUCAGUUCCUCCUCCCAGAGCUCCUCUCUUUUCUCUCAAGGCUCGGGCCAGCCGGGGCCCGGGUCUGCCUCCCUGGGCUUCAGCCAGCCCACCUCCUCAUCCCUCGGUGCCACUCUGGGGGCUACACUGGGAGGCUUUGGUACUGCAGUGGCCAACUCAAGUGGGGGCAGUGGGUCCAGACGGGACUCCCUGACAGGCAACAAUGAGCUGUACAAACGCACGCCCUCCAGCCUCACCCCGAUUGGUCACGGAGGCUUCUACAACGGCACCUUAGGCUUCAGUCCCUCCCCUGGCCCCGUGGGCAUGCCCCUGCCAAACCAGGGCCCGUCUCAUUCCCUCACACCCCCACCUUCCCUGUCCAAUCACAGCUCCUCGUCCAACCUUAAUCUUGGUGGUCUGACCAAUGGCAGCGGGCGUUUCAUCUCUGCUGCGCCAGGAGCGGAGGCCAAGUACCGCAGUGCCGCCAGCUCAGGCUCCUCCCUCUUUUCACCCAGCAGCCAGCUGUUCCCGUCAUCACGGCUACGCUACGGCAUGUCAGACGUGAUGCCGUCGGGCCGCAGCCGCCUGCUGGAGGACUUCAGGAACAACCGCUACCCCAACCUGCAGCUCAGAGACAUUGCCGGCCACAUCAUGGAGUUCAGCCAGGACCAGCACGGCAGCAGGUUUAUCCAGUUGAAAUUGGAGAGAGCCAGUUCAGCGGAGCGCCAGCUUGUCUUCAGUGAAAUACUCCAGGCUGCCUACCAGCUUAUGGUGGACGUCUUUGGAAAUUAUGUCAUCCAGAAGUUUUUUGAGGCCAAGUGUGACGCUGAUGAGAUGAACGGUUCUCCUGAUUUUGGCAGCCUGGACCAGAAGCUGGCUCUGGCAGAGAGGAUCCGAGGUCAUGUGCUGUCUCUGGCCCUGCAGAUGUACGGCUGCAGGGUCAUUCAGAAAGCUUUGGAGUUCAUCCCCUCGGAUCAGCAGGUCAUUAGUGAGAUGGUGCGGGAGCUGGAUGGCCAUGUGUUGAAGUGCGUGAAAGACCAGAAUGGUAACCAUGUGGUGCAAAAGUGUAUUGAGUGUGUCCAGCCUCACGCUCUGCACUUCAUCAUAGACGCCUUCAAGGGACAGGUUUUUGCCCUCUCCACUCACCCUUACGGCUGCCGAGUCAUCCAGCGCAUUCUCGAACACUGCCUUCCUGAACAGACUCUGCCUAUACUAGAGGAGCUCCAUCAACACACAGAGCAGCUAGUGCAGGACCAGUACGGAAACUAUGUGAUCCAGCACGUUUUGGAGCACGGCCGAGCUGAGGAUAAGAGCAAGAUAGUGGCUGAGAUCCGAGGCAAUGUGCUGGGACUUAGCCAGCACAAGUUUGCCAGUAAUGUGGUGGAGAAGUGUGUGACCCACGCGUCGAGGGCAGAACGGGCGGUGCUGAUAGAUGAAGUGUGCAGCCUGACCGAGGGCCCCCACAGUGCCUUAUACACCAUGAUGAAGGACCAGUACGCCAACUACGUGGUGCAGAAGAUGAUCGACGUGGCUGAGCCCACCCAGCGCAAGAUCGUAAUGCACAAGAUCCGGCCCCACAUCUCCACCCUGAGGAAGUACACCUACGGAAAACACAUCCUGGCCAAGCUGGAAAAGUACUACAUGAAGAACGGCGUGGACCUGGGUCCCCUCUGUGGCCCACCUAAUGGCAUCAUGUGAACCAGUUCCCCCUCCCCCUUUGCUUGAAAUCACGUCUACCACCUGAUAUAACCCCCCCCCUCUUCCCCUGACCUCCAACCUUCACCUCACCUCCCCCCCAUGCAGUCCUGUCUGCCAGCCCCACCCUCCUGUCCUUGUCUGGCCCUUCAAUGGCGCAACUCCCACUUUCACCCUCCCCAUCCUACUCACCAAGGACGUGGAAUAGCCCUCGUACCCGUUUCCAUGACAACCCCUCGGGAGGAGCCUGUUGCUAUGGGCAGCCUUAGUUUUUGUGAGAUUUUGUCGCUCCUCCCCCGCCCAAGCCCAACGAAGGAAGGAUGAAUGGCGGGAGGGUUGGAGGGCAGGGAGUGGAGAGAGAGGUGAGACCUGUUCGAUUCCUCACUCCACUCCCUUCAAUUUUUUUUUUUUUUUUUUCCAUUUUCUUCUGUUCUUUAUUUCUGAUGAACUGAGAAAUCAUUUCACCUUUUUGCUACUGCUGCAUACACAAUCCUAGUGUCCCACCCUCCUCCUGCCAUCCUAGCUAUUUACCACUAUGAGAUGGAACGAGUAUUUAAUUUGUCUGACGUCACAGAAUCAUAGAUGAACACACACUUGCCAUCAGCUAACCAGCAGACAGAUCAUUUAGCAUGGGAGAUUCGUUUUCUGGUCUUGCUUCUAUAAAUAUAACGUGUAUACUUGGUGUAGACCUUUGCAUAUAUAUAUAAAUAUAUAUAUAAAACUUUGUAGUUUUUCUGGUUUUUGAUGUUGAAUCUGUAUCUAUAAUGUAUCCUAGUAGUGACCACAUACUUCUGACUGUAUAAUUGUACAUUUGUAAACCCUUGUAAUGUAAAAGUGCUUUACCACCCUUUUUGGUAUGAGAAGGAAAAAAAGAAAAAAGCUCACUCUGGAAAAAAAAAAUCUUAGGAAAAAAAAAACCCUGUGCAUUUCAGUGUAUAUUCUCACCUCCUUGGUUGUGACAUAUGAGUUGUUGUAUAUUGUAAAUUGUAAUAUCAAAUUUUUGUUUUGAAAAGCCCUUUCUAUACAGCGUAGUACUUGUACAAAGAUUCGCCACGCUUGGUUUUAUCUUUAUCUCGUCACUGCUUAACUUAAGACUUCGAUCUCCCACUGACUCCCAAUCGGACACAUUAUGUUAGACUUUGUGGUGUCUUCUGGUUUAUGUUGAAUGAAUUUGUUUAUUUUUUUCUCUUUUGACCUUUUUUUUAAGAUCUUUUUAUAAUAAUGCAUUACCCCAUGAAAUGUGUCAUGUGUAUAGGUAUGCUGACUGGGCGGGAGAAGUAACUUUUACUCAUUUAACCCCCCCACACCCCCUGAUUAUCCAUGACUGUUUUCAGGGGUAAACCCGUGGAUUGUACAGAGGAUAUUCUUGUGUUUUUUGGCAUUUCUCUAGUGCUGUAAGUGCUGUAUCAUACUGUCCAUGUCCUUUUGGGUGAGAGAGGCAGCCCGCCACAGCGCGGUGUACAUUUGGAGCAGCCUUGUGUAUAUUUACUACGAGCACACCUGUAACCAUAUGUGUAUAGUUAACAGAACCUGUGUAUGCUUAUUGCCUGGGCAACUAUUUUUUGUAACUCCUGUUGUAGAUUGUCUCUAAACAAUUGUGUGAUCUUUAUUUUGAAACCAAACUGAACAAAAAAAACUUUGAAAAUUU